GAAAUGACAAUGUUUUGGAAGUGAUACCAAACACAAGAGUUGACGUACUCCAUAGAAAUUUCUCUACAAUUUCUCUUAACAUGCACAAACUUUCUUUACAGGUUAUAUCGUUUUGGAUGAACCACGAGAGUUUGAUGAAAACCCUAGAUCGACCCAGAUCGUUGAAAAUCACAGUUGCUCGAUCUCGAGGUUUUAGAGAAUUCCAUGGAUCGAAGCAGCGACGCCGCCCCCGAAAAUGAAAGCAACAAGAAGAGAGUCUCUUCUGAAGAAGACAAAGAUUUUCAACACAAGUCCAAGAGAAAUUGUCCUCUAGGUUCUGAAGAUGGAUUUGCCGCCAAAAAUGAAGAUUCUGAUGAAGAAAACUUGGCUAAAGUUGAAGCUUUAGCUCGACAUUUUGUCAGCAAGGGUGCAGAGAAGAAGCUACUGUCUGUGCUUUCAUCUUAUUUUCCACAGAUGAGGGAACAACAUGAGAGUGGAAAAGAAGUAAGCAGUGAAAUCAUUGGAAGUGGAUCCGAAGCACCGCAAUACGUGUUAUGUUUCUACAAUCAAAUUGCAGCUGUAAUGUAUGCAAACAAGGAGAUAAAAUCUGAAAGUGGUGAGACAUUGAAAAUUGCAAUAUUCAAUGCGGCCAACUUGAAGAUUCCCGUCUCCACGGAUAUAUUGUCAUCUGCUCCAGUUGAGUUAUUCCUUCAGGAUGGAGAGCACAAAGAAAUAAGCAAGUCCGAUAAUGGGAAAUUUUUAAUGUUUGGUGAUCUCCAACUUAACCUACAAAAUGGAAUUUGUGAGGUUAAACAUCUUACUGUAACUGACUCGUCCUACCGGUUCAAGUUCAAGAAAUUCUAUUUGGGUGUCAGAAUUACAGAUAAAAAGAUUUUAUCUAACUUCUGUGUCAAUGAAAAAGCGAUUUCCCAAGCUUUCAGAGUUUUCAGUGAACGAAUGCAAGGGAAGGAAAAACACCAUCCGCCUAAGUGGGAUGAUGGCGUACAUCGAUUGGAAGGGGUAGGUGAUAAGUAUAAAAAUAUCUUAUCACUGCAACCACAUCCAAUAAAUACUGUGGGUGAUUUUCUUGUGGCACAUGAUUAUGGAAUGGGUGCUAUGGGUCUCAAACAGAUUCUAGGAAUAAAAAGUGCAGAUAACAAAUGGGAUAAGAUCAUUAAGCAUGCUAUGGAAUGUGAUGAUCCUCGAGCUACUGCUCAUGUUCUACACUUUCGUCAGGCCAAUGAUGGUAAUUAUUGGAACGAGAAUUUUGGAGUUGAUGAGCAUGAUGAGCAAAACCAAUCCGUCAAUGACCAGAAUUUGGAAUUUACUCAGCAAAACCCAAACCAAAACCAAAUCCAGAACGAUGAGUUUCGUGAAGAUUUGGGGCAUGUGCUAACAUUUUGAUGAAGUGAAAAGCACUUAAAAGUGUUACUGUGGAGACUUAGGAUUGAUCGAGGCUUUGGGUUAUGAGGAAACACAAAAGAUCUAUAAACAAAUGACAACUUUUGUUCCGCGUUACAAAAUUUGGCAAUGUCGAGAAGGUAUAUGUACAAACAUGUGCUAUGUCCGUUGUGGAGGGGCGGUCGAGGUUCGGGUAUUUGUGCUCGUGCGAAAAAGAAAUAACUUUUUAUUACUUAUCUUUAUUAAUUUUUUGUAACUUU